AUGGAGACCGCUGCCCUCUCCGGCAACACGUGCAGGCUUUCCAAACUCAUUCGGUCCACUGGCCUCAGGAAGCCGGGUGUCAGUGAGGUCAUUUGUGAGGUGGAUGUGUCUCCGAUCACCCACCUACAGAGGCGUAUGGACCGCUGGGCCGAGCACUUUUACUCGCAGUUCAACUGGCCUUCACCGUCCAUCAAUACAUGCAGUACACCUUGUUGUCCACCAUGGCACGUCCCAAUGAAUCUAGCCAUCGAAGCGGAAUUCUGCCUCGAGAUUCAACGCUUAAAGCGCUUCAAGGCUAGCGGCUUAGACGGAAUUUCUCCGGAACUAUUCAAGUACCGCGGUGUGGUGAUAAUUAACCAGCUGACCGCGCUGUUCGCAAAAAUUUGGCAUGAAGAGAAAAUGCCUUCCUCUUGGGGAGCAUCAGUCAUUAUCCCAAUUUUCAAGAAAGGCGCUCGCACUUCAUGUGCAACUCAUCGCGGGAUUAGUCUUAUUUCGGUUGCUUCUAAACUAUUGGCAUCCAUUCUGCUUCGCAGACUAUCCAUAGUACGUUAA